AAAUCUGUUAAUUCCCUCCAUCCAUUAAGAGCUCACUCUAGCUACUAUACAUACAUUUCGUUCUCUCUCUGUCUCUCUCUCUCUGUAGCAAUGGAGUCGCGAUUGUUGUCACGCGCUUCCACCAUCACUGGCUUCCCUCAGCUCAGGCCGAAGCUUUCACGGGAGAGCGUCAACGUGUCAUUUGCUUCGUCUAAGCCGAUCGGAGCCCUCGGAGGAGGCGGGAACUUGAUAUGGGGAAGGCAGCUAAGGCCGGCUCUGCUACUCGAGAGCUCGUCGGUUAGUAAGCGAGAGAUUUUGAAGCCGGUUUCAGCCGCCGCGUCGUCGCCUGCCGAAGGAGGAAGCGAUUCCGCCGGGGACGCAAAGAUCGCUCCGGUUGGCUUCUUCGAGAAGUAUCCGGCUCUUGUCACCGGCUUUUUCUUCUUCAUGUGGUACUUCUUAAAUGUGAUAUUUAACAUUCUCAACAAGAAGAUCUACAAUUACUUCCCUUAUCCCUAUUUUGUGUCGGUUAUUCACUUGUUCGUUGGGGUAGUUUACUGUUUGGUGAGCUGGGCUGUGGGCCUCCCUAAGCGGGCUCCUAUGGACUCAAACCUACUGAAGUUGUUGAUCCCUGUUGCUGUAUGCCAUGCUUUAGGCCAUGUAACUAGCAAUGUCUCUUUUGCAGCUGUUGCUGUCUCUUUCACCCACACAAUCAAAGCUCUGGAGCCUUUCUUCAAUGCUGCUGCUUCCCAAUUCAUACUUGGACAAUCCAUACCAUUUACUCUAUGGCUGUCUCUUGCUCCUGUUGUUAUUGGUGUUUCCAUGGCAUCACUGACUGAGUUGUCAUUCAAUUGGACGGGUUUCAUUAGCGCAAUGAUUUCCAACAUCUCCUUCACUUACAGGAGCAUCUAUUCCAAGAAAGCUAUGACCGAUAUGGACAGUACAAAUGUCUAUGCUUAUAUUUCCAUCAUUGCUCUCUUCGUCUGUAUUCCCCCAGCCAUCAUUCUCGAGGGUCCCCAACUGAUCAAGCAUGGGUUCGGUGAUGCUAUAGCUAAAGUGGGUAUGACUAAAUUCAUCUCAGAUCUCUUUUGGGUUGGAAUGUUUUACCAUCUCUAUAAUCAGUUGGCUACCAACACUCUUGAACGGGUGGCACCACUUACCCACGCUGUCGGCAAUGUGCUGAAACGGGUGUUUGUCAUUGGCUUCUCAAUCCUGAUCUUCGGAAACAAGAUUUCAACACAGACAGGUAUAGGAACAGUCAUAGCAAUUGCUGGAGUGGCAAUCUACUCUUUCAUCAAGGCCAGGAUGGAAGAAGAGAAACGACAAAUGAAAGCCGCAUGAGAAGAAAAAAAGGCAUGGAAAUGGAGGAAGUCACGGGUGUAAAGUUAUAUGUCUCUCCUCCCGGAGAUAAAACAAGUGACAUUGAAUAUCCAACUGUUGUUUUGAAGUUUUUUUUUUUUUUUUGCUUUUUCCGCCAUCAAUUUUCUUUAAUUCAGAGUACAAACCAUUGCUAAUCUUCCAUCAGCCUGUGUUGACUGAAGAAUAAUGUACUGUCACUUAUUCUGUCUCUCAAACCAAGCUUUUAUCUCAUCAGAAGCUUUUGAAAGGAAGCUUGAACAGAAUACGUGCAAAAAAUAAAAGAUAUGUGAAUAGUAUUUAUUCUCGCA